UUGGCGGAGCCAGCGGAGCCGUGCCGAAGGCGAUCGGCAAGCCAAACAACAGCGGGAGGGAGGAAGAAAACGUCGUGCCGGCGCCUCCCUUCCACAACAAACAAAUCAGCCACACCAACACCGCCGCGCGCGACCAUAUCCCCACCGGAUCCAUUCGUGCAUCCGCUCACCCGUCUGCCCCCUCCGUUCCCGAUCGCGGAUAGCUGAUCCUCCCGCGCGCCUUGUUUCCGGCCGUCGACUUCCUGCCAGAAAAGCGCAGGGGGGCAACAAGGCGAUCGGCGCGCGUGCCGGCUCUGGGCGGGUGGCGUGGCGCGACCAGGGUCGAGGUGACGCGCGUGCCGCCUCGGUCCUGUCGCCUUGUCAAGAUUUUUGCUCCGACAGCUAGCUUAGCCACUAUUGUAUGAAGAACGUUGAGUGAAUCCCAUUAGAGCGAUAUGGGUUCCCUGACCGACAUUGGUGUUUCUGCGGGAAUAAACAUACUAUCUGCGUUGGGUUUUCUUCUUGCAUUUGCGGUUCUGAGGAUACAGCCUAUUAACGAUAGAGUAUACUUUCCAAAAUGGUACCUCAAAGGGACGAGAAGCAGCCCGAGGCACUUGGGAACUGUUUUCUCAAAGUUUGUCAAUGCCGAUCUGUCAACAUAUAUCCGGUUUCUGAACUGGAUGCCUGCAGCGCUGAAAAUGCCAGAACCUGAAUUGAUUGAGCAUGCAGGACUUGACUCCGCUGUAUAUGUCCGCAUCUAUCUUCUUGGUUUAAAAAUAUUUGUGCCAAUUGCUGUGCUAGCAUUCACUGUUCUAGUUCCCGUCAAUUGGACUAGUGGCACAUUGGAAAAUGAAAAGGGACUAAGUUAUGAUCAAAUUGACAAGCUUUCGAUAUCAAAUCUUGGAAAAGGUUCAAAAAGGUUUUGGGCACACAUAGUAAUGGCCUAUGUGUUUACAUUUUGGACGUUCUACGUAUUAUAUCAUGAAUAUAAGGUUAUCACAACUAUGAGAUUACGCUUUCUUGCUAAUCAAAAUCGUCGACCUGAUCAAUACACGGUCCUUGUGCGAAAUGUACCACCGGACCCAGAUGAGUCAGUUAGUGAGCAUGUUGAGCACUUCUUUGCAGUGAAUCACCGUGAUCAUUACCUCACUCACCAGAUUGUAUACAAUGCGAACCACCUUUCCGGUUUGGUUGAGAAGAAAAAAGGACUGAAAAACUGGUUAAUCUACUACGAAAACCAGCAUGCUAAAAACCCUACAAAAAAGCCAACUAUGAAGACAGGAUUGUGGGGUCUUUGGGGGAAAAGAGUGGAUGCUAUAGAAUACUACAAAAAGGCAAUUGAAGAGCUAUGUAAACAGGAAGAUGAGGAGAGACAAAAGGUGAUCACUGAUCCCAAUUCUAUUAUGCCAGCGGCAUUUGUGUCUUUCAAAACACGGUGGGGGGCUGCUGUAUGUGCUCAAACACAGCAGACAAGUAAUCCGACAGUAUGGUUAACCGAGUGGGCUCCAGAACCUCGUGAUGUUUACUGGGCUAAUCUCGCAAUACCUUUUGUUGGGCUCUCAAUAAGGAGGCUUCUUAUGUCUGUUUUGCUCUUCUUUCUGACCUUUUUCUUCAUGGUACCAAUUGCAAUUGUCCAAUCCUUGGCAAAUCUAGACGAUAUUGAGAGGCUGCUUCCUUUCUUGAAACCUAUAAUAGAAAGAAAUUCUCUAAAGUCAGUUAUCCAAGGUUUCUUGCCAGGAAUCGUAUUGAAAAUAUUCCUUAUACUUCUCCCAACAAUUCUCAUGACCAUGAGCAAGAUUGAAGGCCACAUUUCACUCUCUGGAUUGGACAGGAGGACAGCGUCGAAAUACUACCUGUUCCUCUUUGUGAAUGUGUUUUUGGGGAGUGUCAUAACUGGAACAGCAUUCCAACAGCUUGAUAAUUUCAUCCAUCAAUCUGCCAGCAAAAUUCCAGAGAUUGUCGGAGAGUCCAUUCCCAUGAAGGCCACAUUUUUCAUGUCAUUCAUAAUGGUUGAUGGUUGGGCUGGUGUAGCUGCUGAAGUUCUUCGGUUGAAGCCGUUGGUAAUGUUCCAUAUAAAGAAUGCUUUCUUGGUCAGAACUGAGCUAGACCGUGAGCAGGCCAUGGACCCUGGAGGCCUGGAUUUUUACUACUCGGAACCGCGAUUACAGCUCUACUUUCUGCUUGGCCUUGUAUAUGCAGUUGUUACACCAAUUCUUCUUCCCUUCAUCAUAGUGUUCUUCAGUCUCGCCUAUGUUGUUUUCAGACAUCAGAUAAUCAAUGUCUACAAUCAGCAAUAUGAGAGUGGUGCACAAUUCUGGCCAGACGUGCAAAGGCGACUAGUUAUAGCAGUAAUAGUAUCACAAAUCCUCCUACUAGGACUGCUGAGCACACAGGAAGCAGAGAAGUCCACUGUUGUUCUUCUCCCGCUUCCUGUCCUCUCCAUAUGGUUCCACUAUGUUUGCAAGGGCCGGUUUGAGCCAGCAUUUGUGAAGUUCCCCUUGCAGGAUGCCAUGGUAAAGGACACAUUGGAACAGGCACACAACCCAACUUUCAAUUUGAGAGAGUACCUGAAGGGUGCUUAUGUGCACCCAGUCUUCCAAAGAAAUGACAUAUACGAGCUUGUCGCCAUCGAUGAAGAAGAGAAGAACCCCAUAGUUGUGACAAAGCGGCAGUCUCGCAUGAACACACCAGUGGGAAGCAAAUUCAAUUCCAGUUCUGGUACUAACGAGGGAGACUUCAGUCGGAUGCCUCCUACCUGAAGCCUUCAUGAGCAAAUGUAAAAAAAUUGGAGUUUAUCAUAUAAAUGUUUGGUAGAAAGGAAUUGAAAAAUAUUAAUUUGGAGCUAUAAGAGGUAGUAGAACAUUGAAAGUAGGUUGACUACAUGGCCAGCAAUUGCAUUGCUACAUUAGCACGUGUACAAACGUGAUCUUGCCAAAUCAACC